UGAUCAUUGUUGAUCAAACAAUAUUAGACAAUCUGUGCUGAAUGUGACACAAUGAGAGCACAUCCAGCAUGGGUCGACAAGGUGCAAGAAAAAUCAGAUCAAUGUAUAUAUGAUCUUUGCUUCAAUCCAGAUGGUACACAAUUAGUUGUUGCUUCUGGUAAUCAGGUUCUUGUAUAUGAGACCAAUGAUGGUGCUUUGAUUCAACCAUUAAAGGGGCAUAAGGACACAGUAUAUUGUGUAUGUUAUGCAAAGGAUGGCAAAAAGUUUGCAUCAGGAGGUGCAGACAAAAGUGUUAUCAUUUGGACUUCUAAACUGGAAGGGAUUUUAAAAUAUUCACAUAAUGAAGCUGUACAGUCGAUGCAUUUUAAUCCCGUCUCGCAUCAGCUUCUCAGCUGUUCGCUCUCAGAUAUCGCCUUUUGGUCUGUGGAACAGAAAGCUGUGCAAAAACAUAAAUCUGGGGGAAGAGUCAAUUGCUGUGCGUGGACAAGAGAUGGACAAUACUUAGCCCUUGGUCUUGCAAAUGGAUAUGUAUCCAUAAGAAACAAAAAUGGUGAGGAAAAAACACGUAUUGAACGGCAAGUCGGAGUACCAAUUUGGAGUUUAUCAUGGAAUCCUUUACAGGACGAUGCUAUGGAUGUUCUUUGCAUUGCUGAAUGGAAUGGAGUCAUCUCAUUUUACACUAUCGGUGGAGAAGCUAUCAGAAGAGAGAGAUCAUUCAGUUUUACACCACUUAAAAUCACUCACUUCCCGGAAGGCCAAUAUCUCCUCGUUUGCGGUAGUAAUAAACAAUGUCUGUUGAUGACACACGACGGCAUACAGCUAGUUAAUGUAGGUGGUACCUUUUCAUCAUGGGUAUGGAGCUGUGCCGUUCAUCCAACUGCCUCACAUAUUGUACUCGGUGCCCAAGACGGAACAAUUACAUAUCUACAACUAUCCUGGAACAUCGUGCACGGUUUAUACGGCGAUAGAUAUGCAUACAGAGAGAACAUGACCGACGUGAUAAUACAACAUUUGAUUACGAAUCAGAAAGUUCGAAUUAAAUGUAAAGAUCUGGUAUGUCGAAUCGCAGUGUAUCGAAACAGAUUAGCUGUGCAAUUACCCGAGCGCGUAAUCAUUUACGAACCGUCCGGUGCCGGCGACGGAAUGCAUUACAGAAUACGAGACAAGCUUAAUCAGACGUUGAACUGCAAUCUGUUAGUUGUUACGUCGAAUCAUUUAGUUUUGUGCCUGGAAAGACGUCUACAGAGUCUCUCGUUCGCCGGAAUAAUAGAAAGAGAAUGGAUACUUGAUGGACUUAUUACUUACAUCAAAGUAGCAGGCGGUCCCGCUGGACAGGAAUGUUUAAUAGCUGGGUUGAAGAGUGGACACGUAAUGAAGAUAUAUCUUGACAAUCCUUUUCCCGCGCACAUCGCGAAAGUCGAGGAUGCUGUGAGGUGCUUGGAUAUCAGCUCUUUGAAGGAGAAAAUGGCAGUAGUCAGCGAAGCUGGUAUCCUAUCCGUCUUCGAUUUAUGCACCGGCGAGAAACUGCAAGAAUUCCAAAAUGUCAACAGCGUCGCGUUCAACAUUGCCUUCGAAGAUAUCAUGUGUUUCGCGGGUAACAAUUAUCUCGCGAUAAAAGUUGCGAACUUCUCCGAGUACAGGCAGAAGUUCUCUGGUUUCGUCGUAGGACACAACGGCUCAAAGCUGUACUGCUUGAACGGGUCGUCUAUCAUGACGUUAGAGGUGCCAUUGUCGUUGUUCAUGUACCAAUAUAUAGAUAUUGGAUUGUACAACCACGCUUAUGACAUAGCGUGCUUAGGUGUGGCCGAAUCGGACUGGCUCGCUUUGGGGACAGCGUGCUUGGACAAUCUAGAGUUAAACAUCGCAUAUUCGGCAUUCGCGCGAAUAAAGAAAUUACGUUAUAUAGAAAUUGUGUCCGAAGUGGAAGAGAAAUUAAAAUCGGGUGAAUGGGGACGGGAGGCUUGCAUGGCUACUGCCGCAGCCGCUAUGGGGAAACUUCGCGACGCAGCAAAGCUCUAUCAGAAAGCCGGUUUGCAACAAUACGCUCUGGACAUGUAUUCCGACUUACGAAUGUUCGACAUCGCUCAGGAAUUCAUCGCCUCCGGCAACACGCAGGAUCGUACGGUAUUAUUGCGACGGCGAGCGGAAUGGGCGAAAAGCUUGGGUGAGCCGCGUGCCGCAGCCGAGAUGUUCCUCUCCGCGGGAGACAUCGACCGUGCCAUCAGUAUUAUCGCUGAAUAUGGUUGGAUCGACAUGUUAAUCAAAGUAGGCAGACAAUUGGACAAGGCGGACAGAGACAACCUAUCUAUGAUCGCCAAGAAACUUAAGCAACUGGGUGCUUCGCAUGGCGCAGCGGAGAUUUUCAGCCGGCUGGGAGAUGAUCCUGAUGUUGCAGACGUGCUUGUGGAUGCACAAGCGUGGCCCGAGGCUUUCGAACUUGCGGAAAGGAAUCCGAAGUUGAAGUCACGAAUAUACGGGCCGUACGCACGAUGGUUAGCCGAGACAGGACGAUUUUCCGAGGCUCAAGAAGCAUUCCAAAUGGCGGGACAACCAGAAGAAUCCAUACUUGUACUCACGAUGCUAGCUAACAACGCUGUGAUAGAGAAAAGAUUUUGCGACGCCUCCUAUUUUUAUUGGCUCCUGUCGCAGUUGAGUUUGGAUUUGUCUAAGAGCAUAGAAGAGAUAAAAACGAUGUUUCUCAAUUAUUCCGACAAAGCGGAUAUUUAUUAUGCGUAUCAUGAAGUAUUCAAGUAUCUGGAGGAACCUUUUACAUCUCUGAUGCCAGAGGCAUUAUUCAACAUUUCAAGGUAUUUGCUCAUGAAGACGCAAAAUAUGCGAUUAGAUGGCAUUUCGAAGAUGACGAUAAUGUACUGUCUAAUGAAACAAGCACGAAUAUUGGGAGCUAACAAGCUGGUUAUGCAAAUAUUGGACCAAUUACGAUCGAUGAAGAUUCCCGCGAAUCUCUUGGCGCAAGUAGAGACGUCAACUCUAAUCGCCAGAUCUUAUCCGUAUCGUGAUCCGGAAGAAUUAUUGCCUCUAUGCUACAAAUGCUCCACCUUCAAUCCAUUAUUGCCGACGAAUAAUGUCUCUGGUAGUAAUUGUACGCAAUGUGAUUUAAAAUUUCAAUAUUCCUUCGUUAUGUUCGAAAUUUUGCCAUUAGUUGAGUUUGAAUUGGAGGAUGACAUCACGGACGAGGAAGCGGAGAAAUUGAUAGAGGAACCAUUACCUUCCCCCGAUGAUCUCGCAAUUAGCGAUCAAUUGACCAUAACUUCCAACGAAGCUGAUCUCUUCACUGUUCGUUUAUUGAAAUACGAGGUAUAA